CGCGAACUUUACCAAAGUCAUUCACUCCACAACGAAGGAGAGAAUCUCGCGGCUGCGCGGUGGUUAGUUGACGUUUGUCACUAGGUUCCGUACAAUAUAAUUAAUUCUAUGAGAAAACAGCCCUGUUUUGAGAUUAUUACAUACACGUAAUUUAUAUAACAAAUUCUGCAAUUUUCAAAACAAAUACAGGGGACUGUCGCGUAACGACUGAGAAGUUUGAUGCACAAGGAUAGUCAGUGAAGAUCACGGUUAUGUGUUGCAGCAGUCAAGCUGCCAGCGAGUCACUGCAGUGAAGUGGAACUAAGUGCGACUCGAGUUACAGAAAAGAGAGAAAGACAGAUCUGCAGCUUCACAGCCAGGCUCUGAGUCUGCUUGCUUGUGUCAGGAGUGAAAACGUGGCACAGAUCUCGCCAAGAUGGAGUUUGCUGCGAUCUUUGCACUAUCACUACUGAUAGGUGCGCUGGUUGUGUUAGUGGCCGUGGCUGUUGGCAGACAGAAAGGCGAAUUAUCUGAGCAGAACGAACAGAAGAAAGACACCAGUGCACCGGUGGAGGAAAAUGCAGCGCAAGCUUCUUCCAAAAAGCAGAAGCAUCAACAGCGCCCCCGUAAGGAGAAACCGCAGCAGCACACAUUCACACACAAGCUACUGGCUUCCUCUUUAAAGAAUCACAGUGGUAAUGUCACCUGCCUGGAUUUUAGUAGCAAUGGCAAAUACCUUGCGUCUUGCUCGGAUGAUCGUACCAUCAGGAUCUGGAGCACUAAAGACUUCCUGGAUCGAGAUCACAAGUGCUUGCGGGCCAACGUUGAGUUUGACCAUGCCACACUCGUCCGCUUCAGCCCAGACUCUCGAGCAUUUAUCACUUGGCUGGCUAAUGGAGAGACCAUUCACAUCUAUAAGAUGAUUAAAAAGGAUGAUGGGACAUUCAGUUUCAAAGCUGCCUCAGAAGAUUUCCCUCAGAAACACAAGGGGGUCGCAAUCAACAUCGGAAUUGCAGAGACAGGCAAAUUUAUAAUGUCUGCCUCUGUUGACACCACCAUUGUGAUCUGGGAUUUGAAGGGAGAGGUUUUAGCUACUAUCAACACGAAUCAGAUGACCAACUCGCAUGCUGCUGUGUCACCGUGUGGAAGGUUUGUUGCUUCCUGUGGUUUUACCCCUGAUGUGAAGGUGUGGGAGGUUUGCUUUGCUAAAUCAGGGGAGUUCAAAGAGGUCGCCCGUGCAUUUGACCUUAAGGGACACUCGGCUGGGGUUUACUCCUUUGAUUUCUCCAAUGACUCUCGGAGAAUGGUGACUGUUUCCAAAGACGGCACGUGGAAGCUGUGGGACACUGAUGUGGAGUAUAAGAAAAAGCAGGACCCAUAUUUGCUCCGGACCAUGCCAUGUCAGGUGUCAGAGGGGAGCCGCAUUGCCCUGUCUCCCGACGGUCGUGUAGUAGCCAUAUCAAACGGUUGUGAUCUAGCCGUGUACAGUGCCAGCACUGGUGAACUAGAGGAGGAGUUUCACGGUGUUCACAGCAAAGAGAUAACCAACCUUAAGUUUGACAUCAACAAUCGUUUCCUAGUGAGUAGUGGGGACCGUGCCAUUCGCGUCUUUCACAAUGUAACCGGUUACCGUGCUGCCAUCCAGGACAUGCAGACCAUGCUGAAGAAAGCCUCAAAUGAUGGAGUGAGACAGAGACUCCAGCAGCAGAUAACAGAUGCCCAGAAUGCUCUGGACACAGUGCUGAAUGCAACAAAGAACUAAAAGCUGAUUUGUUUUCACUGGAAAUUUAGUCUGUUUUUGGUUUCAGUAUUAAGUUUUAAAGUAUUAAGUUGCUUUAGCAUGCUGAUUUUAUUGAAUAAAUUGGGUGUUUUUAAGUGUUUGUCAAC